UCGGGGGCCCGGAAGAGCUGGCGCUGGAAUUAGAACCCGAGGGGCUGCCGCGGCUCUUCAGGCUGCUCCUUCGGUGGGUGUCUGACGCCUGAGCGCAGACCGCGCAGAGGUAUCCUGUUUUUCUGUCAAGAACUGACCAUGUCAGAGUGAAAGGAAGCUAUCUUUGGAGACCGCUGUCUGUGGAACCUUUGAAGACGGUAGAAUAGCAUUCGAUUCUGCAAGGAGUGCCUGCAGAUCAAGCUAUGGUGGAAGAUGUUUCGGAAAGGCAAAAAGCGCCACAGCAGUAGCAGUUCCCAGAGCAGUGAAAUCAGUACCAAGAGCAAGUCUGUAGACUCCAGCCUUGGGGGCCUCUCACGGUCCAGCACGGUGGCAAGCCUCGACACCGAUUCCACCAAGAGCUCAGGACAAAGCAACAAUUCAGACACCUGUGCAGAAUUUCGAAUAAAGUAUGUUGGUGCCAUUGAGAAACUGAAACUCUCAGAGGGGAAAUGUCUUGAAGGGCCACUGGACCUGAUAAAUUAUAUAGAUGUUGCUCAGCAAGAUGGAAAGUUGCCCUUCGUUCCUCUGGAGGAAGAAUUUAUUAUGGGAGUUUCCAAGUACGGUAUAAAAGUGUCCACAUCAGAUCAGUAUGACGUUCUGCAUCGGCAUGCUCUGUAUUUAAUCAUCCGGAUGGUGUGUUAUGAUGACGGUCUCGGGGCAGGGAAGAGCUUACUGGCUCUGAAGACCACAGAUGCGAGCAACCAAGAAUACAGCCUGUGGGUUUACCAGUGCAACAGCCUGGAACAAGCACAAGCAAUCUGCAAAGUUUUAUCCACUGCUUUCGACUCUGUAUUGACUUCUGAGAAACCUUGAAUUCUGCAGUCAAGGGGAAAGUAAGCUUCAUGUUCAGCUGUUUUCUCAAUAGUUUGUUUCCAGUCUGCAGUGUUGAACUGUUAACGGAAAUAUGAGCGAUCUUUUGCUCUCAAUUUUCUGAAGGAAAUGCAAGUGUAUAAAAUACCAGUCAUUUGUUUUUCUAGUAAAAUGUGUCUUAUUUAACAGGGAAU